AUGGAGGGAGAUCCGUACGGCCGCUUUAAUGUGACGAAGAACUGCACUAUUGUGGUCGCCAACCCGCUGGACUGGUCAGUACAGUCGGCAUAUCUGCUGACAAUCCGCAGUGGAGUCCACAACACGAGAGUUAAGGUAGAGUUGAGUGACGUUGAGGACUAUCCUCCUGUGUAUAACGAGACGUGUGAGACUCCGGUCCGAGACACCCGGAGAAACACACUCAACACCACGUUUGUGCUCAAUGUUACCAACUGUGCCACGGCUCCAGGCACAAAAGGUGCCCGGUGUGAUGAAGUGUGUGGUUGCCUACAAGGUGCCAGCUGUGACCGCUGGGCUGGUUGUGUCUGUCCGCCGGGAUGGACAGGAACCAGGUGUCAGACCAAAUGUCUGGAGGGCACGUACGGUCAAGACUGUGCAAGGAACUGUACCUGUCAAAAUGAGGCGAGCUGUAGCUCUAGCGACGGCAUCUGUGACUGCACUGCUGGAUGGUACGGAAGGAAUUGUAGCAAACCCUGUAAAGAUGGUCGCUUCGGUUUGCAAUGUCAGCAGGUUUGUACAUGUAAGAACAGUGCUGUGUGUAGCAACGUGGACGGCAGCUGUGAAUGUGUGACGCCAUGGACGGGACAGGACUGUGACCAAUUGGAGACAAGCAGAGAUGAAGCGCUGCUCGAAAGCCUGGUCCCACUGGGCUCCUUAGUCUUACUUGUUGCCAUAGUGAUGGCCAUACUCUACAAAAUGCGAGUUCUGGCUUGCUCCGUGCCCGACAUAAGCGAGGAAGACAAGAUACUUUUCGAGCUGAGGAGAAUGGAGCAGGAUCUAGCACAGAGUCUACAGCCGGGCUGGCUGGGACGUUGGGAGAAGAAGAUCAAACAUCUUACUCCUGGUCCACUGAUAGGAGAAGGAAUGUUUGGACUAAUCAGAAAAGGAAAACUGCGCACACCUAAGGGAGAGCUCACCAUUGCCGCCAAGACAGUUCGCGUCGAGGAUUCACAGUCUUAUCGAGACUUCUACAGAGAAGCAGCCAUUUUGGUAGCUGUGCACCAACAGCGAGAUGGCGAUUGUCGUGAGUCCAACAUUGUUCGACUUUUCGGGCUCAUCACCAAGUCUGCGGAGAAGUACAUUCUUCUGGAAUAUGCCCCCAAAGGUGACCUCUUAGGUUUCCUACGACGAUCUGGGAACAUCAAUGAGGAAGGCCUACUUGGAAACCUUCUUGGAUACGCAGUCCACGUAGCACGAGCUCUACAAGAGCUGGAACGCUUGAGAAUCGCCCAUCGUGACGUGGCCGCUCGCAACGUCCUCAUCAAUGCCGAUGACGUGGCCAAGUUGGCUGACUUUGGAUUGGCUAGAGAUGUCUACGCCACUACUCAGUAUGUUCGAUGCAACCGGCCAGGCGUUGACGAACUCCUUCCGCUGAAGUGGAUGGCGCUGGAGUCCAUCGAGACCGGCGAGUACACCUGUCAGAGUGACGUCUGGUCCUUCGGCGUGCUGCUGUGGGAGAUCGCCACGCUGGGGAAAGAUCCGUGCUACGACGGCAGGAUGCAGCUGAGCUUUCUUCAGAUGGUGGGGAUUCUGAGGCAAGGAAUACGGUUGGAGAGGCCGCCGGGAUGUCCAGAGGACCUGUACCGACUGAUGAGGUCGUGUUGGCGCGACGUUCCAGAUACCAGACCGACUCCGGAAGGGAUAGAAGAGAGGCUGCUGCAACUGGGACGUGCCCUGCUUCCAUAUGACGUCAUUGAAAUGGAGACUGUUUUGUGA